AUGGCCGAUCAGGCGACCGCCUCUGCUGCCGCGACCUCGCCGAAGCCCGAGGAUGCCUCUGUCGCUCCAGUUGAAGUGAGGGCCACCACUGCUGAUGCGACUACCGAUGGGGUUGCUGCCGCGCCCGCCGAAGACGUCACCGACGCCGUUGGAUCCGAUGCUGCUCAGCCUGCUACCGACGAACUCCCCGCCAGCUCGAUCGAUGACAAGUCUGCCGCCGAUAAGGAAGCUGAGAGCUCCAAGGACACUGAGAACGCCGAAGCUACGGGUGAAGCUGCUUCUGUUGACACCAACGGCACGUCUGCAACGCCUAAGUCAAACGGAAGGCGCAAAUCAUCGGGCGGUGUCCCUGAGCACAAGGCAAAGAAGCUGAACAAGAAGAAGUCCGUCGCGAACCUCAAUUUGGAAGUCAAGCCCGGCCAGUACUGGAUGGCGAGAAUGAAGGGCUACGCAGCCUGGCCAGUCAUUGUCUGUGAUGAGCCGAUGUUGCCAGAGACACUGCUUAACAAACGUCCCGUCAGUGCUUGCCGCGCUGAUGGCACGUACCGUGAGGACUUUGCGGACGGCGGUAAGAACGUUCGGGACCGCCGGUACCCUGUCAUGUUCUUAGGCACCAACGAAUUCGCAUGGCAGGUCAAUACUGACCUAGCUCCUCUGGACAUGGAGGAUGUUAAGAGGGCAGUUGCCAACGACGAACAAGGCAAGAAGUCGAAGGCUCUCUGGGACGCUUGGAAGGUUACUGCAGAGGGUUAUACCCUUGAGCACUUCAAGGAGGUGCUGAUGGAGCACGAGAAGGCCCUUGCCAAGGAACUUGAAAGCAAGGCCCAAAAGGAGGCUGAGAAGGCUGAGAAGGCCGCUGAAAAGGAGAAGGCGGCAAAGACCCCCAAGAAUAAGCGCAAGAGCAAGGGUGGUGCCGCUGCCGACGAAGACGUCGAGAUGGAGGACGCCGGAAACGAGACUGAUACCAAGAAGUCUAACAAGAAGAGGAAGAAGGACACGGACAGUGAGGCCGAGGGAGCCAAGCCCGUCAAGACCCCAAAAACCAAGCUCAAGGUCAAUGGCCCGAAGACGCCCGCUGCUGACACCCCAGCCAAGGCUAAGAAGACCCCGGCAUCGAAGACCAAGGCCGGCAAGAUCAAGAGCGAGAGCGAGGAGGCUACCCCUAAGGCCGAAUCCGAGCCUUUGACCGAAGCUCAGAAGCUGGAAAAGCGCCAGAAAGCUAGCUAUGAUGAUAAUCCAGUCCUCUUUCUACGCCACCGCCUUCAGAAGGGCUUCCUGACUCGUGACCAACCUCCAAAGGAGGAGGAGAUGCAGCAGAUGUCAGAGCAUUUUAGCGAUCUGGAACGCCGCACCGAUAUUGAAGUUAGCAUUAUCAAGGAGACCAAGAUCAACAAAGUCCUCAAGGCUAUCAUCAAGCUUGACUCCAUCCCCAAGGAUGAGGAAUACAACUUCAAGAAGCGCUCUACUGAACUUCUUACCGCCUGGAACAAGCAGAUCGCCAGCGAGACCGAGUCUGCUUCUGCUCCGCCCGAAGCUGCAGCCAACGGUGCCAAGGAGGAGACUGCUGACGCCAAGUCUCCUGUUGACGAAAAGACGCCUGCCGCCGCCGAGGAAGCAAAGUCAGAGGAGCCUAAGACUGAUGAAGCCAAGGUCGAGGAUUCCAAGGCUGAGGAGCCCAAGGAUGUCGAGAUGAAGGAGCCCUCUGAGGCGCCUGUCGAGACAAAGACUGACCUUGGUACCAACGCUGGAGAUGAGGGCGAUGUUGCAAUGGAAGACGCCAAGCCCGUGGAGGCCGCUCCGGACUCUACUGCUGGCGCGAAGGAGGCUGACAAGCCUGCGGGAGAGGCUACCGCUUCCGCUUAA